CCGCGGGCGAAAACCCUAGCUUACAGCCGCGCCGCCUCCCCGAGCAGACGAGCGAGGAAGAGAAGACCCCUUUCCGUAUAGCGCAGGAGCAUCAUGGCAGCAGCGGCGGUGUACGGCGGCCUCAAGGGAAAGCUGGGCGUCGAGGGUGCGCCUGAGCUGCAGCUCAACCGCAUCCGCAUCACCCUCUCCUCCAAGAACGUAAAGAACUUGGAGAAAGUUUGUGCAGAUUUGGUGAAGGGAGCCAAGGACAAGCAGCUGAGGGUUAAGGGACCUGUCAGGAUCCCCACUAAGGUUCUCCACAUCACCACCCGCAAGUCCCCUUGUGGUGAAGGAACAAACACAUGGGAUCGGUUUGAGUUCCGCAUCCACAAGAGAGUGAUCGACCUGAUCAGCUCCCCAGAUGUGGUGAAGCAGAUCACCUCCAUCACCAUUGAGCCUGGCGUCGAGGUUGAGGUGACAAUCGCAGAUGUGUAAUGACGUGCAAUUCAGCAAUGUCGUAGACUAUUUACAUCUUUGUUGCUAUUUUUGUGGUCCCCUCGCGUGCUUGUAAGACAUUCCAGACUUGUCCGCCUCCCUAUAUCCUAUUAUAUCUGUCUGUCUGAUCUAAGGGCUGUGCAACUGGAAAUUUCGAUUCAGACAGUUAUUUGGUUUCUCAAGUCAA